AUGCAGUCAUUCUUUGCCCAUUUAACUUUCGCUUGUCUCUCGUUUGUCCAUGUCGCUACCACCAGUGUGGUGAGCUCGCGCACGGAUCUGAGGCCCAUUCUCACAGAUCCAAGCAACUACUGGACUGCCAACACCGUCGUAUCCUUCCCUGAGGACCCAGACUUCGUCAAUGCAACGGAACGGUGGACUAUAUAUGACAGCCCAAGCUAUGCCGCCGCAGUGACACCCGCAACCGAGGCAGAUGUGGUUAAAGCUGUCACACUCUCAAGGACGCACGCUGUGCCGUUUCUCGCAACAGGUGGGCACCACGGCUACACCACUACCCUCGGAGGUCUCCAAGCCGGCUUAGCCAUCGAUAUGAGCCAGCUGAAUUCAGUCACCAUCGAUAAUUCUGCGGCCACGCUGACAAUUGGUGGCGGAACUCGCUUCAGAGACAUCAUGGACCCUAUCUACGCUGCUGGGUUCGACAUUCGUAAGCUUUUGAGUGGAGCUUACAGCUCUAACGCGGAUCUGUUCUGGGGUAUUCGGGGCGCCGGCGCAAAUCUAGGUGUCAUCGUGUCCGCCACAUAUAAGCCUGAGCCCCUGGCGAAUGGCGGAAUACUCACCAGCGUCGAUGUCAUGUUCCCAGCCUCAAUGAACACCUCCUACUUCAACGCUUUACAAUCAUACAACGGGACGAUCCCUGCGAAGCUGGCCGCAUCCACAUCGAUCGCGUACAACGCCUCUACAGGAGAAGCCGAAAUCCUGGCGAGCUGGAUCUACAGUGGAACCCGAGAGGAAGCAUUGGAAGCCAUGGCUCCGAUGCUCGACCUCAAUCCGCCACUGGUAUCCAUCAGCGAUGUUCCGUGGAACCAGAUGAACAGUGCAACAGGGUUCGGUCUUGACGCCGUGACUUGCGAGCCAGACAAGACUCGCAGUCUCUAUGGGGUGAACCUGCGUACUCUCUCAGCUUCGACCUGUAUAUCAACCUUCAACAAGAUGGCAACCUUCUACGACGCGUUUCCGGAAGCGCAGUCAUCCAGCAUCCUGAUUUAA